AAGUCGCAAGAAGAUUGUCCCCGACAUGUCUCGACGUCGGGAAAUGUUAUCAUUGAAGCUGAUUCACCUUUGGCUCCAGAACUUACUGCGGAGGCACUCCCUGCUAAAGUAAAAAUCCCACAAAUUGGUAUGUAUGAUGGAACUUUGGAUCCAGAUGCGCAUUUAGGUCAUUAUACGUCGUGGAUGGAUUUGCACGGAGCCUCGGAUGCUUUAAGAUGUCGGAUGUUUUCCCUCACACUGGGGCCACGGGCACAAAAAUGGUAUUAUACUCUUCCACCUCAAUUUGGAAGUAGCAACAAUUACGUGCAGCUUUCCGAUCACACUUCAUCGGAGCUCAAGUUUGCCUUAUCCCAAAAGAAUCGAUCACUAAUAUCAUGCAAAAAAGCGCAAUAUCGGAACUACUCAAAAGGAUAUGAAAAUACUCCGAAAUCCAGAGCUGCCCGAGACCAAUAUGCCGACAACAUGAGGACAGGCUAUCAAACCAUUUAUUCGGCUGGAGCAUCCACAAUUUUUAAAGAACUGAAAGGAAAGGGAAUUAUUCAUGAUCCGAAACCAGUAAGAACUUCUGAAGACAAGCUGGAAAAAUCUCGAUAUUGUGCGUACCAUAAAUCUUCGGGACACAAUACCGAUGAAUGUCUCGGUCUCUUAUCGGCCCUUUUAUGUUUAAUUGGUCAGCCUCAACUUCAAAAGUUUAGAAAUUUUGACAAUCGCCGGAAAGGAAGGCCCGUGGAUCUUUCAGACGAAGAAGACGAUGAUAACCGACCCGUUAACCCGAAGAGAGUCUGGGCGAACGAUAAGGAAGGUUUUACGUUUUCUACCCUUGUCGGUACUUCGACCGACAACUGCAAAAAACCUAAAACACAUGACGCGUUGAACCCUUCUUACUGUAUACCCCGAGUAAAUUCUAAUACCAAGCAGUUGGAUACGUCUCGGCGAAAAGCUAAAUCCUAUGCUAGGGAAGCGCAAAAUGCCGGGAAACAAGUUGUGAACAUUGAUCUUCGAGAUACUAUUAACAAACGAAAUUGUCCUAUCACAUUCAGUAUCGAUAAUGCCAAUCUGUUCGCUCAUCCUCAUUCCGACGCCCUCAUUAUCACUGCUCCGAUUGGAGGAGUCCAUGUACACCGAAUUAUGGUUGAUACCGGAGCAUAUUCAAGUAUUUUGAUGUUUCGCACUUUCAAGAAAUUGGGUUUGGACCCUGCAGACAUUAGGCCCUGUAACGAUCAUAUUCAAGGUUUUAACAUAAGUAUUUCUUGUCCUAUCGGUGAAAUAUUACUCCCCAUACGAUUUG